UAUGUAAAUAUUUGAUAGUGAGGAAAGCCAGCCUCCUCUGAGGUGUGGCAUUGGAUGAUGUAAGUUAGAAACACUGAUAUAAACCCUGCCAUCUACCUGGACAAGUUAGACAUAGCUGUUCCAGUUUUUUUGAUUUACCACCAUCGCUUUGAUAUGGCAAUGUGGGGCAAUGAAGACGUGGAAUUAAUGGACACAUCAGACCAACCAUGGUGUUGGUAUUACCUGGCAGACUGUGGCAGGUGGCACAGAUUUGAGGACGACCCAGACAGCUCCCUUAAAAGUGAGGAUAUUGAGAAAUACUACCUCAGAAACUCAAAAGCGAGUUUGACUAUAUCUUCAUUCAAGAGUCAGAGCAAAUUUGAUUUCUCAGCAAUGUUACAGACAGACCUCAAAACAGGGAGGCAAAGACUGAUCCAUCGGGGCUGUAACACAAAGACAAGUUGCCCUUGCUUCAUAACUGAACUAGUUUUCUGGGAAAAGGUUGAUCCCAGUUGUCCAUAUCAGUUAAUCCCUCUGAGUGAACUUACCCCUGAGUAUAAGACUGUGGCUGGUUAUGUGAAGAAUGACGGGCUGUUGAACAGAUCCUUAGCAUCCAUCUACAGGAUACAGAAUUUGGACCUUUGGGAAAUGUAUUGUAGGAAAAAGAAACAGUUGAUGAGACUCCAAGGUGUCAAAGAAAUCAAAGAGAGAAGACUCUUUCAUGGGACUGAAAUCAAAAAUGUUGACACAAUUUGCAAAUAUAACUUUGAUUUAGGAUUUGCUGGUCAAAAUGGCCACGUAUAUGGCAAAGGAAUAUAUUUUGCAACACAUGCUGCAUUUGCAGACAGAUACAGCCGGAGCAGCACAGAUCCAUUGCCGCUGUAUGGUGGAAUAACACAACAUGCUGAAGUAACCAAAAUCAUGUUUCUGGCUCGAGUGAUGAUAGGUACACCAACCGUGGGACAAACUCAUUUCUUAAAACCUGAUCAUGGAAGUCUAGAAAACACUCACAACAGUUGUGUUGAUGAUAUCAAUCAUCCCAGUAUGUUUGUGAUUUUUGACCCAAAUCAAAUCUAUCCAGAGUAUUUGAUUCAGUACAAAUAAAGUCAACAUUUCUACCUCCAGCUGUCUGGGUAAGCAUUUCUCAGGAAUAUUACAUGGUGGUUUGAAAGACUUAAACGGACACAAACUUUCUGGUUUCUGUAUAUUUGUGGGCACUUUAACUGACAAACACAUUUUACUUUGGUUACACAUUUUUGUUUGAAAUAAUGUUGUGGGGACUGACACACUUUCUUGGUACAUGUACUUGAACUCUGGAGGUCUUCCGGGCACGUCCAAAUGGGAGUAGACCCAGGGGUAGACUCUAAACUCACUGGAGGGAUUAUAUAUCCCUUCUGGCCUGAGAACACCUCGAGAUCCCCCAGGAGGAGCUAGGAAAUGUAACUGGGGAGAGGCACGUCUUGGGGAACUUGCUUUGCCUGCUGCCACCACGCAAUCCCAGAUAAGUGGAAGAUAAUAGCUCGAUGGAUGGACAUGUACUGACGUCUGACUGAACAUCAUUCUGUGGAAUAUUUACUGACAUUCUCUGGGUUGUUCAGGGAUGAGGAUCAAAAGUUUUAAGGACACUUAAGAAACUUUUUUUUUCAAAAGAGGAGCUCAAAUAUGCUGUAAAAGAACGUAGGAUAUGUUUACAUAAGUUAAGCUUUUUUUAACACUACCCUUUAUUUAUUGGAGGUAUUAUUUAUAAAAUCAUCUGUAACAUAGUCACCUUUGUCACAAAUUUUACUGUGACCAUUGCAAGGAGCUUCAUAAAUAAAUACCCAGCAGAAUCAAACAACAUCUACUAGUUUUUAUUUCUGUUCAGUCUUCUCAUAAUCUGUAUUUUUACUGGAUAUAAAAGGUUGAACACUGACUGUGUUGUAGCAUUGUUAUGUUGAUGC